AUGAAGGCUUUCCUCCUCACCCUCCUGGCCCAGCUCUGCUCGGCAUCGCUGGUCCCCGAGAAGGAGAAGGACCCCGAGUACUGGCGGCAGCAGGCACAGGAGACACUGCGCGACGCCCUGCGGCUCCAGCGCCUCAACCAGAACGUGGCCAAAAACCUCAUCCUCUUCCUGGGCGAUGGCAUGGGCGUCUCCACCGUCACGGCCGCCCGCAUCCUCAAGGGGCAGCUGCAGAACCGCAAGGGCGAGGAGAGCCUGCUGGAGAUGGACAAGUUCCCCUACGUUGCCUUGGCCAAGACCUACAACACCAACGCUCAGGUGCCCGACAGCGCGGGCACGGCCACCGCCUAUCUCUGCGGCGUCAAAGCCAACGAGGGGACGGUGGGUGUCAGCGCCGGCGUCACCCGCGACCGCUGCAACACCACCAAGGGCCAGGAGGUGACCUCCAUCCUCCGCUGGGCCAAGGAUGAAGGCAAGGCGGUGGGCAUCGUCACCACCACGCGGGUCACCCACGCGACGCCCAGCGCCGCUUAUGCCCACUCCGCCAACCGCGACUGGUACUCGGACGGAGAGAUGCCCCCAGACGCGCUGGAGGGCGGCUGCAAGGACAUCGCGCGGCAGCUGGUGGAGAACAUCCCCGACAUCGAGGUGAUCCUGGGCGGCGGGCGGAAAUACAUGUUCCCCAAAAAUGCCAGCGACGUGGAGUACCCGCAGGAGGAGAAGCACCGGGGCACCCGCCUGGACCGCCGGGACCUGGUGCAGGCGUGGCACGACACCAAGCCCCCGGGGAAGGUCGCCAAGUACGUGUGGCACCGGCGGGACCUGCUGGCGCUCAACCUCAGCCGCGUCGACUUCCUCCUGGGUCUCUUCGAGCCCGGCGACAUGGUGUACGAGCUGGACAGGAACAACGAGACGGACCCGUCCCUCACCGAGAUGGUGGCCGUGGCCAUCAGGAUGCUCCAGAAAAACCCCCGGGGCUUUUUCCUGCUGGUUGAAGGCGGCCGCAUCGACCACGGGCACCACGAGGGCAAGGCGAAGCAGGCGCUGCACGAGGCGGUGGAGCUGGACCGCGCCAUCGGGCUGGCCGCCCGCCUCACCUCACCCCAGGACACGCUCAGCGUCGUCACUGCCGACCACUCGCACGUCUUCACCUUCGGCGGCUACACCCCCCGCGGAAACCCCAUUUUUGGUCUGGCGCCGAUGCAGAGCGACGUGGACCGCAAGCCCUUCACCUCCAUCCUCUAUGGCAACGGCCCCGGCUACAAAAUCGUGGGGGGUGAGCGCGAAAACGUCUCGGCGGUGGAUUUCGCGCACGCCAACUACCAGGCACAGUCGGCCGUGCCGCUGCGCCAGGAAACCCACGGCGGCGAGGACGUGGCCGUCUUCGCCCGCGGCCCCAUGGCCCACCUCCUGCACGGGGUGCACGAGCAGAACUACAUCCCCCAUGCCAUGGCAUACGCCGCCUGCAUCGGCCCCAACCGAGCCCACUGCAACGCCGCCGGGCACGCUGCCGCCGCCAGCCCCCUCCUCCUGCCCUUCCUCACCCUCCUCCUCCUCCUCCUCCUCCUCUGCUAG